UUCUGCUACAUAAGCCGGCUCCGGUUAUGGACGUGUGUCUGAGCUCCGAGCAGCAGCCUGGGCGCCUGCGGGAAGGACUGGGCUCCCCGGAGGGCUGGUUCGAGGCCGAGGAGACUCCCCAGAAAGACGGCACCAGUGGACCUGCAGGAGAUUUUAACAACAUAGAGCCGUCUCUUCAGAGCCUCCAGAAAUUUGUUCCUGCAGAUUAUGCCAGCUACACUCAGGAGUAUUACCGGUUUGCAGGCGAGAAGAUUGUGGUUCAAGAAUCCAUAGAGAGUUACGGAGCGGUGGUGUGGCCCGGGGCCACGGCUUUGUGUCAGUAUUUGGAGGAACACACGGAGGAACUGAAUCUUCAAGAUGCUAAAACACUUGAAAUUGGUGCUGGACCAGGCCUUGUUUCCAUCGUGGCCAGUAUCCUAGGAGCUCAAGUCACAGCAACAGAUUUGCCUGAUGUCCUAGGAAACCUUCAGUACAAUCUUCUAAAGAACACACUACAACGUGUCACGCAUCUGCCUGAAGUGAAAGAACUGGUGUGGGGAGAAGGCCUGGAACAAAACUUCCCCAAGGCAACCUUCUAUUACGACUACGUCCUGGCCUCUGACGUGGUGUACCACCACUACUGUCUGGACAAGCUGCUCAGCACCAUGGUGUACCUCUGCCAUCCAGGGACUGUGCUGCUCUGGGCAAACAAGUUCAGAUUCAGCACUGAUUAUGAAUUUUUAGAUAAAUUCAAGCAAGUUUUUGAUACAACCCUCUUGGCUGAAUUCCCCGAGUCAUCAGUUAAAAUUUUUAAAGGGACACUAAAAUGGGACUAAAUUAAACAAAAUGCCCUUCAAAAAAAUUAGUGCAUGUUUUUAGCAGUGUUAGAGAUUGCAUUGUCAAUAAAACACUUAAAAGAUUGAGAAGGUAGUAUAUAAAAAAUAACUUGUAUACCCCAAAUAAACAGAGCUCAAAAUUACAGCGGCUUUCUACAAUAACCUAUUUAAGAUGAUUUGGUUAAUCUAAAUAUCAGCUAAGAAUAACACAAAAAUGUCAAAAUAGUUUUGCUGGCUUCCAAAAGUCUUGAUUAAAUGUUUAGUAAAUUUUACACAAAUAAAUCAAUAAGUGUAUUUUCUCCUUGAUAUUUCUACUGUAGAACACAGUUAUAAACUUAUCAGCAUACUUUUGUCGCACGGUUUUUUGAAGCCAAGCUUCAUAGGGUUCUUACAUCUUAAUUUGAAGAAUCUACUUCGAAGGGUUUUGAUUAGCAAAGGGAGGAGAUACUGAAUGAGAGAAAGCCAUCACAGGCUAAACAAUGACUAACAGUGAAAAAUACGGAGCCAAUGCUAGAAUGAGGGAACGGAUGCUGCCUAAGACACUUCCUAAGAGAAUUUAACUUAUAGAUACUCUCCCUCUGUGUCAA